AAGCCAUAGACAACCACAGCCACAGCAUCCACCAUCAUGCAUUCCCUCCGCCGGAAGCCUGCGUUCGGUGCCUCGGACCCACCGCCGGUCGUGAAGCAUGUCGGAUCCUACGUCAGGAAACGCGGCAACCUCCCGGUCCUCGUCGUCGUCCUAACCAUCGUCGUCUUUGCCUUUCUCAUGUACGUUGAGGACAUCGAGUCCCUCGCCCGACACUCCCUCUUUCCACGCAAGACGGACGAGGCUUCCCCUGAUGAGAUCUUGAUCUCCAGCUCUGUCGUGGAACACCAAGGCCAACCUGCUACCCACAAAUACUCCCAAUCCAACCUGCCCAAGACUAAGACAACGAAUCAGCAGCAGCAGCAAGAGCAGGAGGAGGGUAAGGACGGAUCUAAGGCCCCAAAAGUCCAAGAAUUGCCCAUCACCGUGGACAACGCAGCUACCUCUGUCACUAACGUGACGGUGGCCAGGGAAGCCGGCCAUGGCAUCACACCGCCGUUCAUCAUCGGAGAUGAGCCGAUUGUUACGGUGCCGGAUACAUGCGAUCUCUCGCGUGGCGACUGGGUCUACGACGACGUGAACUACCCGCUCUACCGCGAGGACCAGUGCGAGUUCCUCUCGGCACAGGUGGCGUGCUUGAAGAACGGCCGGAAGGAAGACAUGUACCAGAAGUGGAGGUGGCAGCCUAAGGACUGCACCUUGCCCAAGUUUGACGCGAGGUUACCGCUGGAGAGGCUGCGAGGUAAGCGACUAAUGUUCGUCGGAGACUCCCUGAAUCGGAACCAGUGGGAGUCCAUGGUGUGCAUGAUGCAGUCGGCCGCUCCACCGGGCAAGAAUGGUCGUAAAAGGGACGGCUCACGUAUCAUCUUCAUUGCAGAGGAGUACAACGCUACGGUCGAGUUCUACUGGGCGCCAUUCCUGGUGGAGUCGAACUCCGACGAUCCGCGCAUUCACAGCAUUGUGGACCGGAUUAUCAAGGCGGAUUCGAUAGAGAAGCACGCGGUGCAGUGGAAGGAGGUGGACUACCUGGUCUUCAACACCUACAUUUGGUGGAUGAACACAGAGAAAAUCAAAGUCUCGAGACCCUCGGCAAGAGAUUGGACAGAGUAUGAGGAGAUUUCGAGGCCGCAAGCAUACGAGAGAGUUCUGAGGACUUGGUCAAAAUGGCUGGACGAGAACGUAGAUCCAAAGCGCACGUUAGUGUUCUACAUGAGCAUGUCUCCUCUUCAUUCGAGGAGCUCGGACUGGGGCAACGCUGACGGAAUCAAAUGCGCAAAGGAGACGCUACCACUGACGAACAUGACCGGAGUAUCCUUGGGCACCGACAUGAGCAUGUUCCGUCAAGCCAAGAAGGCGGCGGAAUCAACGUCGCGGGUGCCGGUCACCUUCGUCGACAUCACGGCCAUGUCGGAGUUGCGCAAGGACGCCCACACGUCCGUGCACACGACGCGGCAGGGGGCGGUGAUGACGGCGGAGCAGAAGGCCAACCCGGCGGCCUACGCCGACUGCAUCCACUGGUGCUUGCCGGGCCUGCCCGACGUAUGGAACCAAAUCCUCCUUGCCAACAUCCUCUCCGCCGGCUCCCGGACGCAUUGACGGCGGCUUCCCGGUCCCUCCCUUCCGCUGCCGGCGCCAAACGAUCUUUGAUUCUCUCUCUCUCUGUCUCUCAUUUUCUUUAUCCAGAGAUUUAACACGGUGAUCCAAUUCUUUGCGGGAUGGCAGCCGGAGCAUUUGCAGGAGAUUUACCCUGCUAAAGUGGAUAGUAUAUUUCCUUGUCGGGUGGAGGAGCGAGCGAGUAAAUUUCACGUUAUCAA